AUGGCCUUUAGUCCAGGUUCUACAGAUCCGGUUUCCGUGGGGCCAACUGUAAUCUUUACUGAGUCACCUUUGGAGGAUCCUGUCAAUAAACCACUCGAUCUCACUCAGCCCAACGACUCAUGCCGAAAGCAUGUAAUCUUGUCGACUGACCAGUUGACAACCGUCAAAACCGGCCGGACGGUUGGUGAAGAAGACCGAGUAUGUGGUGAAGAUGGCCGUGGCGCCAAGUGUAAAUUCGCCCUGUCGGACUUGCCUGACAGGUUCGCCUCUGAUCUUUCGGCCAUUCCGAGGCUGAUUCCAUCCGACCAAGUCGAGGUGUCUGGAGAAUCGAGGCAAGGACCAAUUGAACGGGACUCCGACUCAAGAAUGACUAGAACUGUAGAGGCCCAGCCGACUGAACUUUCGAGAGCCGAUGAUACCCUUCGACCUUUAGCCUCGCCCCAUCACCGGUACCAUCGCAACCAUCCUCACGAGUAUCUACAUGAAAACCAGCAUCAUCAAACCAUUUCCCAACUUGUCGCCUCUGAGACAACUAAUAGGCCAAGAAAUGGGAACCAAGAGGCAGGCAGGCAAACUGGUCGGAACUCCGGUAGGGUGCAAAAAGGACGAGAGGCAACCGGCAAGGGGGACUACGAAAACCUUGAAGAGGUGUUUGCUGAACUUUUGCUCGACAAAAGGAGGGAGAAUAACGACACUCUACGAAUCAUCGCCGCUGCAGUGAGUCAUAUUCGCUUCACUCUAAACCUUGUGGAACCGGUUUUUUGUCGUCUUCUGACGAUGGCCUACGUCGGUAGAAAAUGCUUUACUCAUGAACGCUUGUUUUAA